GUCCCUGCAAUCCGCUAUUAUUAUCUGAUUUUCCGCUCCCAUUGCAGAAAUGGCCGAUACCGAGAAGACGUUUCGUUCCUACACAUCAGACCAGGGCAGAAACUACGCCCAGAACCGGCUCGAUUACCAUCAGGACCUCUACAAUCAGAUCGUCGAGCACCACACAUCGACCGGCGGCAAACUUGACACCUUGAUCGACGUUGGCUGCGGUCCUGGAAAUGUCGCGUCAAAUCUCAGCAAGCAUUUCGUUCACACAAUAGGACUUGAUCCGUCAGAGGGGAUGAUUGCCACCGCGCGCGCGCUCAACUCCAGUCCCGCCGCUGACAGUGGCAAGCUCCGCUUUGAGGUCUCCACGGCCGAAGAUCUAGGCUCCAACCUCUCCCCGCCUAUCGCCGACUCUUCAGUUGAUAUGAUUGUCGCUGCGACAGCAGCGCACUGGUUCGACAUGCCUGCCUUCUGGCGCAGCGCGGCUCGUGUCUUGAAAUCAGGCGGGAGUGUUGCGAUUUGGGGAAGCGCAAAUAUGCGCACGUCCCCCGGUACUCCAAAUGCAGAGGCCAUCCAGGCGCGGAUCGACCAGUUCGAGGCCGAGAUCCGGCCGUAUUUUCUUCCUGGAAAUGAACUUACCAGAGGCCUGUACAAGGACUUGGAGCUGCCGUGGACGAUUGAGCCAGCCGUAGAUGGAUUCGAUGAGAAGGCGUUCUUUAGGAAAGACUGGGAUACCACUGAGAAGUUCCUGGCGCUGGGAGCGCCUGAAAUUGAUAUGGAUGUUUUUGAGCGGAUGUUAGGGACUAUGAGUCCUGUUACAAGGUGGAGGGAGGAUCAUCCGGAAGCAACAGGGGAGGCGGAUGUUGUGCGGGUAUUUAGGAGGGAUAUUGAGAGGUUAUUGAGGGAGGCAGGCGUGGGGGAGGGCAAGGAGAAGGUGAAAGGGUCUGCGCAGGGGUUCUUGCUUAUUGUGAAGAAGACAUAA